AUGCAAGGACGUUUCCAUCCCUAUGAGCACAAUAUGAAUCUGGCUCUGUGCGCAUUCCCAGUGAGAGUUAUGCACCAGUUGGGAGUCACGCGAUUGGUGGUUUCCAAUGCUGCUGGAGGAGUGAACCCAAAGUUCAAAUAUGGAGAUCUUAUGCUGAUUAAGGACCACAUCUUCUUGCCGGGACUCGCUGGCUUUUCACCACUCGUUGGCUUGAAUGACGGUCGUUUCGGAGCGCGCUUCGUCUCUGUUCAUGAUGCUUACGACAAAGGUUUGAGUAGUGAAGAGACAAGUGAAUGA